AUGGUACAAGGAGUGCCAAACCAAGUCAAACACAAAAACAACAGCAACCAACAAAUACAACCAAGCGAGCGAGGCAAAAACCAACAACACAAAAAGGCUAACCAGAAGAGAACCGGCAGAGAAACUAGAAUCCAGAUAGAGCUUGAUCCCUCUGGCUACGGACACUUGCAAAACAAAAACUCACAAAAAAACCAGCAUGAACACAUCCUAAGGGAGGUCGAAGCUAAGCCACUUAUCCUGCUAUUAGCUAAGAAACAUGAUAGGAUUCUCAAAAUAAGAAAAAAUGGGAAUGGGUUUGAAUCUCCUUCUUCAUCGUCAUUCUCUUUCUUCCUCGUAUUUCUUCAUCUUUAUCGUAGGUCUAUUGUGGAGUUAAGUCUUCUCUUUUUCAACCAACUUGAGGUUGAUUUGAUUUCAACAAUUCACAUAACUGAUGAAGAGUUGAAAUCGUGGGAAUGA